GGAAAAUAAAACGACUACUACUACCAAUACCCAACACCUGUCAACCUUGUUGUUUUUUCUAAAUACCCUACCCACCUUAAAAAUUAUUUUUGAUCUCCUUCCUAAAUGUUCGAUGGUUUAAAAAUAGAACCGAGAUGUUAACUUUAAGCACAAGUGUUGUUAAGAUAUCAGGACAAUUGACAACAUUAAGGAAAAUUACAGUAUUAGGAAGUAAUAAAAUUAUUCCUAAAGCUUUUAAUAAUUCCACUAAACGCAACUUUAACUAUCAAAAUAAUGUUGACUACAAAACGAGGAAGAAUCCCUUUUGGCUCUAUUCGCUGUUAACUGGAGCAACCGCUUAUGUUACUUACAAAUUCUGGAUAAAUUACAACGUAAUUCCGUCAAUAGUUGCUGCUGAAGAAAUAUCACAACAAUCCAAUUCUGAUAGUGAUGUUGAAACAAAGAAAAAAAGAUACAGAAAGGAGAAAAUUGGCUUUAGAGAUCGUAAGAUCAUAGAGUAUGAAAAUCGAAUGAGGUCUUAUUCAACUCCUGAUAAAAUAUUUAGAUACUUUGCUACUGUAAAAUUGACUCAUGGGGAUCAUACAGAAAUUCUCAUGACACCUGAUGAUUUUUUACGAGCUAUUACUCCUGGCAUGAAGCAACCAGAUGGUUUGGGCUUAGAUCAGUACCGUAGAUAUGACCCAAAGAGCAUCACUCAACGUUUGAAUCUCGACUUGGAUGAAGAUUCAAUAUUCUACAAACUUGGAUCAUCGGGCCUCAUUACUUUCAGUGACUACAUCUUUUUGCUUACCGUGCUAUCAACAUCACGUCGCCAUUUCGAGAUCGCCUUUCGAAUGUUCGACCUGAAUGGGGACGGAGAUGUGGACUGCGAGGAGUUCGAGAAGGUGGCCGCACUGAUCCGACAGCAGAGUAGCAUCGGUUCCAGGCACAGAGACCACGCUAAUACCGGAAACACUUUUAAGGGCAUAAACUCGGCUCUGACAACUUAUUUCUUCGGUUCUAAACUCGACGAAAAAUUGACUAUAGAAAAGUUCCUGGACUUCCAGCAUCAACUGCAAAAAGAGAUAUUGUCUCUUGAAUUCCAGAGGAAACAACCCGAUGAAGUUGGUCACAUCACCGAAGCGGAUUUCGCAGAGCUGCUACUGGCGUAUGCCGGGUACCCUGCUAAGAAGAAGGCUAGAAUGUUGAAACGCGUUAAAAAAACCUUCCGCGACCACGGCGUGGGCAUCACGAAAGACGACUACCUCAAGUUCUUCCACUUCCUGAACAACAUUAACGACGUAGACACGGCACUGACGUUCUACCACAUCGCGGGCGCGUCCAUCGACCAGCCCACGCUGCGGCACGUGGCGCGGACGGUCGCGCACGUCGACCUCGACCCGCACGUCAUCAAUGUCGUCUUCACUAUUUUCGAUGAGAAUAUGGACGGACAACUGAGCAACCGAGAAUUUGUGGCAGUGAUGAAGAACAGGCUGCUCCGAGGUCUGGAGAAACCGAAGGACACAGGUUUCGUAAAACUAAUGUACUCGCUUAUAAAAUGCGCCAGAGAUACGAAACCGGCAAUCUUAGAUUUUUAAACCGACGAAACGAAAUUACGUAAAGAAACAAAAACCGUUAAUUUUACAUUAUAAAUGAAGGAUGAAAAGGGAUUAUGAUACAAUUUGUUAAUUUUGAGAAAACGGGCAACAAACUUUUGUUACUUGUAUUUUUUCUUCGUACAUAACUCCUUCAUCACAUACAAUUUCUAAAAAUAGCCUUUAAACUCGUCGUCUGAAGGUCUAAUAUGGUUUAUAGGCACAUAACACCUUCAUUCAAUGUAAAAACUCAAAAAUCCACCCAUGUCUUCAAAUGUUUGUAAUCUUCUUAAAUUAAUCCAAAGAUGGUCGAUCCAAAAAUGUUCUUUUUUUAUAUAACAUUUUUUUUUUCUUUCUAUUUUGCUUCGAGUUUGCUGACUAUAGUGUCACAGACUAUAGAGACACAAUACUGUCGCAAGUGACGUAAAAGAAAAUGCUGUUUUUUCAGAAAGUUUUAUUAAGAAAGUAACGGUAGGUAAGUAAAGAGCUAUUGACAGUGACAGUAAGAUAAAUGCAGAAUUCCUUAAAGACAGUAGAGAGCAUCCAGCCAUGCUUCUCACACUCACGCGUAUUUGCAGUUACAUCAUGUUAUAUUACGUACAAUUUUUUUUUGUUUUUAUCCGGAAAUCCGUUAAAUAAAAAAGACUGCAUUUCUGAAUGCAAUAUCAUGUAUAAUAACUCUUACUGUUGUAUACAUUUACUAAUACUGAAUUGUUCUUAUGUUGACUUUAAGGAAAUAAUGUCGACUUCCGUAUUCGCGUUUAUGUAUUUUUUUACAACUUUUAAACUACUGAACUUAUAUAAUACGACCUCUCCCAACAACACUAUUCGAAGGUGUUUCAAUAUUUAAAAGUGUAUAAAGGUAUCUAGAAACAGUAAAAUUGUCUAAGAAGUUCAACGUGAAACCGGACUAAGUCGCUAGUUAAUAUAAAAUGGCUUCAUUUGAUUUGUCAAAUUCGACCGUCAAAGGGAACAUGGCACAUACUGCCAAGUUUUUUUUUUUAUAAAAGAGCAUAGUAAUUAUUAUUAGUUACACAAAAAAAAAACAAUUAGGUUAAACUAAAAUGAUAUGCAUAAUAAAAUACGGAAUAAAAUUGAAUAACAAUAAAGCGGCGGAAAUUCACCAAGAACUCGAUGUACUUUAGAAGAUCCUGAAAAUCUACGUUUUUUUUUUCAUUUUCCGACGCUGCACUAUCACAGAUAUUAAAUGGUUAAUAACAUACGGGGUUAAACCUCGAAAACUUCAAAAUGAACAUUAUUAACAUUAUUUCUCGUCAGAAAAUAUGUCGUUGUCAGAGUCAUUGACCCGUAAUUCAGUAAUGUCAAUGCAUUGCCAUAUGCUUCAUGAACAUUAGUACGUUGGCUCCGUCUUACUUCUCAUGCAUGAUUCUGCUUGGACCAUGAGUGCGAUGACGGCAAACUCGAAGCAAAGCAGCAAUGCAAUUCGAACAACACCGCUUUUACAUCAGAGGCUAUGUAAUUUUCAAUACAAUGCGUGAAAUAUUUAACACAAAUUUUCAUAGGCUUUAAUAAUGAGUUUAUUGUAUUUAUUAGCUCAAAAAUGCUCUAGGUCUAACUAUUCACACUACGACUAUUCUUAUACUGAAAUAAUAAUACUCUAUCUCAGAUUUGUUUUGUGAUUUGGUAAAUGUUUCCGCGGAUAGUAGGUAGUUAAUGUUUCCAUAAAAACUAAAUAGUUUUUCUCCUCCUUCUUGCAUAGUGUUCAGUGCUGAGGGUCCUAACCUUUACAGAGUACUUUUGUUUGAACUAUGUACCUACAUUCAUUACUAUUGUCUGCGCAGUGGAUAGCGACCCUGCUAUUAGAGUCCAAUGUCUUCUUAAUUUGAUCGAAGCGGCGCAUGGGACGACGCCCUCUUGGCAUGUUUCCUUCCAAUUUUUAAAUUGCUCAAAUGAAUUUCCCAAAAUCGAUGUAGAUUAGUUUCUCAGGCCCUCAGACAUCAUGCUGGCAAUACCUUACCGCCUAACUGAGAUGCUCUCUAAGUUAAAUGCAAUGCAAAUAAAAGACAGUUACUGUCGAUCGCUGCCCGUGAUAUAAUUGAAAUUGUAAAAUAAUAAUCGUUAAGAAAAUGACAUCUUUAAGCUAUAGAUUAAUUAUCUUGAAUAUGUAUCCAGAUCCAAUUGCUAAUGAUGUCGUUAAUUUUAUUAAGGUUUAUAUUACUAAAUAUGUCACACGGUUUUACUCAUAUAUUGUUUUAAAAUAACGAAAAACGUAUUAUUCUCGUGAACAGCCUUUACCAUAAUAUUGUCGAUUCGCUGCUGACAAAGGUCAGUCCAAAAAAAUUGUGUUAUUUGUACGCAUUCAUAGUAUGGACCGCUUAUUUUGAAAGUGGUGUAAGUCCAUUUUCUUUUGUUUCGAGAAAAUUAAAGGUUACUAUAUUUAUUGAUUUAAAAAUACAGGCAAAUCAUAUGAGGUCUGGCAUUGUUUCUAUUGUUUUAUCAACAUUUCAUUUGUUUAUAUAAAUUUAUUUUUGGCUAAUUAGACUACGAUAACACAUACUUACGUGCUGUAAAUGAAUUUACACCACUUUCAAAAUUAGACAAGUGUAAAAAUCGGUUAAUUUCAAUUUUGAAAAAACAAAUAUAAUAUACUUCAUUUUAAUAUAAUUUUGUUUACAAAUACGCAUAACAACACAUAAAAUUUUAUUUUAGACGGCAAUUACAUUGUCAUUACAAGAUACUGAUUACAAGAAUUUACUUAUUCUCUGCAUGUGGUAGUGUUUCAAAAUAUGCAUGAUGCACUGGAGGUAUAUAGGGUAGUAGCUGCUUCAUGUCUUUAUAUUUUUCAUACGUAAUAGGUCUGGCAUUCUGGUACAAAGGCUCCAAGGCGAUUUUUUCAAAUUUUAACGGUCUUCCAGGACGUAGAGGUAAUAAAUUGAUAAAUUUAAAUUCUGGGUCCGUCAUCGUUGUUUUACAAAAAAUGGUAUAUGGUGCAAUUUUGAGGAACCUCAACCAACAUAUUUGCAACCAAUUGACCUGUUCCCCAUUAGUAUUUUUAUAACAAAAAUAAAUAACAAAACACUGAUCGGCAUCCAUCUGCUAUGCCACCUACCUCUGUCAAUUGGACUUACACCACUUUCAUAAUCGAUGAUUAUGCAAUUUCAUUUACUGACCGAUUUUAAGUUGUACAAAACAUGGGAUUUUUGAGAAAUUAAACACGGACUAGUUAUAUAUAAAAAAAAUUACAUUAAAUUAAGCAUGAAUUACGUGAUAGCUCAUUUUUCUUAAAAAUGGACUUACACCACUCUCAAAAUAAACGGUCCAUAUUAUCUUGAAUAUGCUCAUUGCCCUGUAAAACUCAUAAAAUCAUAUAUUUAAUUGUUUUUUGUGAUGUUGUAUUUGUUUUGGCAAAAAAAUAUGAAAACACAUUAAACAUUUUUCAUCCUAAACUGCGUAAAUUUAAACUUUUAUAAACAAUCAUUUAAAUUUUGAUUAGUAUUUUUUUAUAGAAAAAUAACCAUAAAGCUUCAUUUCAAAGACAAAUUUCUUUUUGUAAUAAAUUUAUGUCAUAAUUGUUUUUAUAUAGUAUUAAUUUGUAAAUGUUUAAGAAUAUCAAUAUGCAUUAAGCAUUUUGAAUGUGAUCUAACUAUUCUGGUCUUUAAUGUAAAUUUCAAAUUAUUAAAUAUUUUUUAAUCAUGA